UUUCACCAGAUGUUAGGUUGGUUGGAAGUUGGAGUGUAAAAUUUUCCUCGAAAAUUUAUGUUUUUUGUAUGGUAAACCGGACAGAACAAUAAUCUAAGUUUAAAGUAAAUUAUUAAUGUGCGAAUGAGCGUAUUGCCGUGUUAAUCGUUGGAGUGAAAAUAGUGAAUAGUUGAUAAAGUUAAAAUGGCGAUCUGAGAGCAAUGGUGGACAUAUGAAAUUCUCUACAUUUGGAUCCGUCACAAUGGAAGACAACUCGCUCAAUCACCAGAACGGCGGACAAAUGGGUCCUCAGGGUGGCUCCAUCGCGAAUAACAAACAGAAUGAAGAAGUAAAUCCAAAAUCCCAUUAUUCGAUACCCGGGAUUUUACAUUUUAUCCAACACGAAUGGGCUAGGUUCGAAUUAGAAAGAUCUCAAUGGGAAGUCGAUAGAGCCGAAUUGCAAGCUCGUAUAGCGUUCCUCCAGGGCGAGCGGAAAGGCCAGGAGAACCUGAAGAAUGACCUCGUGCGCCGCAUCAAGAUGUUGGAAUUUGCCCUGAAGCAGGAGAGGGCCAAGUUCCACAAGCUCAAGUACGGCACCGACCUUCAACAGGGCGACAUGAAGCCGCCCGUCAUAGACGAGUCUGGGGAAUCACAGCUGGAUGCAGAUCAGUCCUAUGUGUCAGUAUCCAACUCCACCUGGAAGCAGGGCAGGCAGUUGCUGCGGCAGUACCUUCAGGAGAUUGGGUACACCGAUAGGAUCAUAGAUGUGCGGUCUACGAGGGUCAGGGCGCUGCUCGGGUUGAACAACAACAACGCUGAACAGGAGGAGAACCACAAUGGCGGUUCGGUGAAUGGGAACGAGUCCAACAAGCGGGCCAGUGAAACUCAAGGAAGAAGAACACCAGCGAAGAAAUCGCAACCGAGCUCUCUAGCAGAAGCAAUAAUGUUGGAUACGGAAGCGGCGGUAAUGGCCAACUUAGACUUCUUAUCUAACACGGACGUCGACAUGGACGACGAUGACGACAUGAAUGAUGAUGUCGAUAUCGAACAGUCUGAUGACAUCGAGGACGACGUAAAAGUUGGUAAACAGAAAGAUAAACUCGAUAAUAAUCUAGGAUUAGGCGAUGAUGUAGAUGCGAUAGCUUUAGAGGUGUUCAACGAACUGAAUCGGAUAUCCGAUACCGAGAAGAAGCAGGACAUUAAGACAGAGCAAUCAGAUUGGAAUAAAAAUAAAUCUGCGCUCCCGAAGAGACCCAUGGGCAUCAACGACGAGGAGAACGUGGAUUCCACCCUGGGCCUGGGGGAGCUGGCUCAGCUGACUGUCAACAAUGACGCCGAGAACACGUACGAUAUCGCCAGCAGCAAGGAGGCCUUCAGGAAAACAUGGAACGCGCGAUACACCCUGCGCAGCCAUUUCGACGGUGUCAGGGCGCUGGCGUUCCACCCCACCGAGCACGUCCUCAUAACUGCUAGCGAGGACCACACGUUGAAGCUGUGGAACCUGCAGAAGACCGUGCCGGCUAAGAAGAGCGCGUCGCUCGACGUAGAGCCAUUGUACACCUUCAGAAGCCACACUGGUCCAGUUCUCUGUCUGGCCAUCUCAGGCACAGGUGAGCACUGCUAUUCUGGCGGUUUGGACGGCUUUAUUAAUUGUUGGGCAGUGCCCAACUCCAACAUCGACCCCUACGACCUCUAUGACCCUGAAAUCCUCAACUGCACCCUGCACGGCCACUCGGAUGCCGUGUGGGGCCUGUCCGUUUUAAAUUCCAAGCAACAAUUGCUGUCAUGUUCCGCGGACGGCACCGUCAAGCUAUGGUCACCACAUUCUAAGCAACAACUCCUGUCAACCUUCACCUCGGAGCAGAAUGGGAUACCCUCCAGCGUGGAUUUCGUGAGGGACGAUCCGAACCGCAUUGUGGCGUCCUAUUCCAGCGCGCACUGUGUCAUUUUCGACAUAGAGACUGGUAAGCCGGUAAUAAACUUUGAGCCAUCGGCCGUCGAGGGCAUCAACACCAGGCAGAUCAACAAGAUAGUGUGUCACCCCACGCUGCCACUCACCAUCACUGCACACGAGGACCGGCACAUCAGGUUCUGGGACAACCACACGGGCAAAAUGGUGCACCUGAUGGUGGCGCACUUAGACGCCGUCACCAGUCUGGCUGUGGACCCCAAUGGAUUGUAUUUGCUGUCGGGUUCGCAUGAUUGCUCCAUCAGAUUGUGGCACUUGGACAACAAGACGUGCAACCAAGAGAUAACGGCCCACCGUAAGAAGUUCGACGAGAGCAUCCUGGAUGUGGCGUUCCACCCGUCAAGGCCAUACAUAGCCAGCGCUGGGGCCGACGGUUUGGCCAAAGUGUUUGUGUAAAGGUAUACCCACCGCACUCAUGAACAUGAAGUGAUUACUUGCAAAUUUGCUUAUAUAUUGAUAUAACUGUAGGUUAGGUGUACAUAUACAAUAGAAUUUUAAUCAUUUGUACAUAUAUUCUCAACUCUUACGUGUUAAUUUUAAUUAAUUAAAUCCUUUUGUAAAUAAGUUUAUUUAUUUUCUCGCGCUAGUUCUUUAAUUGUCUAUGUCAUAUUGGAGUUAGGAGGAUCUAAUCUUAACGUUUAAGAGGUGUAAAUAAAUAUUCAAGGACAAGGCGAAGCGUUCUUUGUCACUCCAUCACUAUUUAUUAUGUACAUUUGUCCUACCACAUGGCCUUUGGGGCCCUAGUAAUAGGAAAUCGAUGUAUAAAGUUAUUGAUUACCUUAAUAAAUAAUUGUAAUUAUCUCAAAAAGAUACAGCAGGUUACUGGACCGUUAGACCUUAGAUUUAACUAGUAAUUUUAAGGGCGUAAAUUUAAAACAAAAACUGUGCAUCACCAUUCUUUUUAUCGUUUGAUUAUGCUACAGCCAAGUUGUCUAGCCCGGUGGAUUCCUGUUUGACGGUAUGCAAAAAUGAAAGUAACAGAAUAUUUCAGCUUCAACUUAAAUUUUUACAUAAAAUACUUGAAAACAAGAUAUUUAAACAUUCCAAUGAGAGAAAAAUCUGCCCUGAAACUGCUUGUAUGUUAUUUUGUCACAGAGAGGAUCAAAUUCAACACUUUUAAGUAUUCUCCGAGGAGAUAGACAAAAAGUAGUUCAAAUGUCCUAUGCUCGAUUUAUAAAAACUGCGUCUGUCUUGAUUCAUUUAAGGGGUACGAGAGUAUGACUUGUGAAGUUUUGACUUUUAUAAAUUUUUUUUUCUCCAGUACAUAAAAAGUAGUUCAAAUAUCCCAUGAUUGAUUUUUUUAAAUUGAGAAUUAAAGCCACAUCUCAAAAUCUUGAUUUAGUAAUUUUUUUAUUUCUUGGUAAUUCAACUGAUUAUACUCCUAAAAGUUAUCAUAUAGCGCCUGACUAAUACGAGGAAAAAAAUGCAUAGCUCACUUAAUUGAAUAACAAAAAAAAAUUUUGGGUUCCAGAUAUACCUUUAAAAAGUGUUUAGAAUGUUACGACUUAAAAACUCAUAGAAAAAUAAAAAAUGAUGCAAAUAAUAAUAUACCUAGAAGUAUCGAAAUUGAUCCACCCUAUACACACCACAUCCCUUUUAAAAAUACAUGCUACUGUCUAUCUUUUCGGUAAAUAUGAAAAACCUUUAAAGAACCUUGUGAAAUAUUAAGUGUACAAGAUCUAAGUACAUUUUUUUUUUACUGAAAAUGCAGUUUUUUGGUUGAAAACUGAAUUCUGACCAUACUUUGUACACUGUCGAUCAGGCUUCUACUCGAUUGCUGCGAUUUCAUCAAACAAUUCAACACUUGUGAUAGUUUUUAUGUGAAUAUGGGUUGAAAUUGAAUUUAGUCACCUUAUUUUUUUAUUUCUUUUUUUAUGAAGUGUUUGUAGUUCCGUUUAUUUAUACAGAAAAGUUUUCAAUGAGUCAAUAGUGUGUACCGUGAAAAUGGCAAAAAAACUGUGUGUCGAUCUGUAAUAUUAUUCAUUAAUGAUAUUAAAAUGAGGAGUCUUUUAUAUUUUUAUGUAUAAGUAAUAAAUAAUUUUGUUAAAAAGUAUAUUGUUUACGCAGUGUAUUUUCUAGUUGUAGUUAUUUUAAAAGUAAUAGCUGAAAUCAUAUUUAGACAGUAGUAAGUGAUAAUAAUUGUGAGUGUAAAAAAAUGUAUUAAAUUAUAAUAUACCUAUUA